AUGACCUCCCUUCUGCGCCUCACCCGCCCCGCCGCCGCCGCCGCCGCCCGGCGCCCCCCCCAAUCCCAAUUGCCCUACCGCCGCAGCACCGCCGCCAGCAGUGUCCGUCACUUCCAGUCCCUCCCGUCCCUCCGCGGCGGCCACGAGCCAAUCCGGCCUGAAGUCCCCGCGAUCAAGCCCGCGCGGACGCGCUUCGCACCCAGUCCCACGGGCUUCAUGCAUCUGGGCAGCCUGCGCACGGCGCUGUACAACUACCUGUUUGCCAGGCACACGCAGGGGCAGUUUAUCUUGAGGAUUGAGGAUACGGACCAGAAAAGGACUGUGGAGGGCGCGGAGGAGAGUAUCAUGGAGACGCUGAGAUGGGCGGGUCUGCAUUGGGAUGAAGGCCCCGAAGUCGGCGGAGGCCACGGCCCAUACAAACAGUCCAAACGCACCGCCCUCUACCGCUCCCACGCCGAGCAGCUCCUCCUCGACGGCGCCGCCUACCGCUGCUUCUGCGGCCCUCACCGCCUCGAAGCCCUCGCCGCCACCCGCCAAGCCGCCGGCCUCCCCGUCGAGUACGACCGCCGCUGCCACAACCUCACCUCCUCCGAGUCGGACCAGCGCGCAGCCUCCGGCGAGCCGCACGUCAUCCGCCUGCUCGCCCCCGAGAAAUGGCCGGCCUUCAACGACGAGGUCUACGGGCGCAUCUCGUACGGCGCCAACACGCGCGCCCACGCCGAGGGCUCCUUCGAAGACCCCGUGCUCCUCAAGAGCGACGGCACCCCGACGUAUCAUCUGGCGAAUGUGGUGGAUGACCAUUUCAUGGAGAUUACGCAUGUCAUUCGCGGGACGGAGUGGAUGCCGAGUACGCCCAAGCAUGCGCAUCUGUACAGGUCGUUUGGGUGGCUGCCGCCAAAGUUUGUGCAUGUGGGCCUGCUGAUGGGCAAGGAUAAGCAGAAGCUGUCGAAGCGCAAUGGGAGCGUGAUGGUUAGUGAGUUCCGCGAGAAGGGGUACUCGCCGGAGGCGCUGGUCAACUUUCUGGUGCAGAGGUUUAAUAUUGAGGGCCUCACGGCGGGGAAUACGGUGGUUAAUUCGGAGAAGCUGCCGUUCUUGCAGAAGGCGCAUUUGAGGAAGCAGUUUGAGGAGAAUAGGGACACUGAGGAGGUGGAGGUUGAGAAGGUCGAGAAGGCGGUCCGCGCUCUCUACGGCGAUAAGCUCGAAACCGGCGAACCAAUCACCACCGACUACGUCCGCGCCGUCCUCAAAGCCGACGUCAAAAACUACCUCAACCCCACCGAGUUCGCCGAAAAGUCAAACUACUUCUUCACGCACCCCACCUUCGACAGCAAGGACUCCCUCCGGGCGAUCGUCAAGUUCCGCAAGGUCACGGGCAUGUCCACGGCCGAGAUCUACUACGGCUUCAUCGAGGAGGUCGAGCGCACGCCCGAGUGGACCCUCGACGCGCUCAAGGCGCUGCAGCUCUACGGGCAGGACCUCGACGAGGAGGCGUGGACGAACCGCAUGCGGCUGCUGCGAAUCGCCGUGUGCGGGGGCAGGAGUGGGCCGUCGAUGGCGGAUACGAUGCUCAUACUGGGCAAGGAGCGUGUGGUGCAGCGCAUGCGGGAUACGGAUCGCGCGUUUGUGGAGUUUAAAGGAGCAGCAGAGGCGCGAGAGGAUGGAAAGUCAGGGCGUGAAGCCAACGGCGAGGGCGAAGCUCGACAGCAGGUCCCAGGCGAUGCUGAGGAAUGUGGUCGGCGCGCCGCCGAUGGAGAAAAAGGGGUUUAA